AAAUAAAUUAGCCAGAUCGACAAGGUUUUAUAUGUAUAGCUUAUAUAUACGUCACAGUCUUGCUAUUAUUGUUUAUAAAAUAAAAUUCCGCAAACACACUCACACACUCUCUCUCUCUCUCUCUCUCUCUCUCUAUCUCUACUCUCAGCAACUUAGAAGCAAUGAAGCAAGUAUCUAAGGCAGCAGUUAUUUCCCUAAUUCUUCUAUUAAUGAUAUCCAAUACACGUGGUCGCCUCCUCCCUUCUCAAGAGCAAGCUGACAAAUACAAUCCCAAAAACAUCCAGCAAGAUGAUAGCUUUUCAAGCUUGAUGGGAUUGGAGGAAUGCAGCGAUAAAGAUGAAAGGUGCGAAAAGAGAAGAAUGGUUGCUGAAGCUCACUUGGAUUACAUCUACACACAACACCAACACCCAUGAUUUAAAUAUUACUUUCAUCACCACACACAUUUUACUACUAUUUUUUGUUUUCCCAAUUUUGUGUUGUAUUUGCGCUUAUUAGUUUCAAUCUGUAGUAAUAUAAACUAGUGUUAAUUUUUCAGACCAGUAGGUAAUUAAUGGAGCUGCAGUCUUGUCUGUAUAAACACUAAAAUAGUGUGUUGCAUCUGUUUAAUUAAACUCUCAUCGCAUAAUUAAUUUCUUCA